GAUGGCGGCUGCCGCCGGCGGUCUGUGUGUGAGGAGCAGUAGAGAACUGUGGACAAUUCUGCUUGGAAGAUCAGCUCUGAGAGAACUGAACCAGAUUGAGGCAGAACUGAAUAAACAUUGGCAGCGGCUAUUAGAAGGACUUUCCUACUAUAAACCUCCCAGUCCAAAUUCAGCUGAAAAAGUGAAAGCUAAUAAAGAUGUAUCUUCACCACUGAAGGAACUUGGUUUACGAAUCAGCAAGUUUUUGGGUCUUGAUGAAGAACAGAGUGUGCAGUUACUCCAGUGUUACCUUCAAGAGGAUUACAGAGGUACUCGGGACUUACUAAAGAUGGUUCUGCAAGAUGAGAGGCAGAGCCAGGCCUUAAUCCUGAAGGUUGCAGAUUAUUACUAUGAAGAAAGAAUGUGUAUUCUUCGUUGUGUCUUACACCUUCUCACUUAUUUCCAAGAUGAAAGACAUCCCUAUAGGGUUGAAUAUGCAGACUGUGUUGAUAAAUUGGAGAAGGAGCUAGUUACAAAAUAUAGACAGCAGUUUGAAGAGCUUUAUAGAACUGAAGCACCAACAUGGGAGACACAUGGAAACCUCAUGACUGAGCGUCAGGUGUCUCGCUGGUUUGUCCAGUGCCUUCGGGAACAGUCCAUGCUGCUAGAAAUUAUCUUCCUUUAUUAUGCAUACUUUGAGAUGGCACCUAGUGACCUAUUGGUAUUAACCAAGCUGUUUAAAGAGCAAGGAUUUGGUAGUAGGCAGACCAACAGGCACCUGGUGGAUGAGACCAUGGAUCCUUUUGUGGAUCGGAUUGGCUACUUCAGUGCCCUUAUCCUGGUGGAAGGCAUGGAUAUUGAGUCGUUGCUCAAGUGUGCUUUGGAUGACAGAAGAGAACUGCACCAGUUUGCCCAGGAUGGGCUUAUUUGCCAGGAUAUGGACCGUUUGAUGUUGACCCUUGGGGACAUUUCACAUCAUGCCCCAGUGCUUUUGGCCUGGGCUCUCCUCCGCCACACCCUGAAUCCAGAAGAGACAAGCAGUGUUGUCCGGAAGAUAGGUGGCACAGCCAUACAACUGAAUGUAUUUCAGUACUUGACCCGACUACUUCGCUCUCUGUCCAGUGGGGGAAAUGAUUGCACCACCAGCACCGCAUGCAUGUGUGUCUAUGGACUCCUUUCUUUCGUGCUGACCUCGCUGGAGCUACACACACUGGGCAAUCAGCAGGAUAUAAUUGACACAGCAUGUGAAGUCUUGGCAGACCCUUCUCUUCCAGAACUAUUCUGGGGAACAGAGCCAACCUCUGGUCUUGGGAUCAUUCUGGACAGUGUCUGUGGAAUGUUUCCCCAUCUCCUCUCCCCACUCCUACAGUUGCUGCGGGCCCUCGUAUCAGGGAAGUCUACUGCCAAAAAGGUAUAUAGUUUCUUGGAUAAAAUGUCUUUCUACAAUGAGCUUUAUAAGCAUAAGCCCCAUGAUGUAAUCUCCCAUGAAGAUGGAACUCUCUGGCGGAGGCAAACACCCAAACUCCUUUACCCACUUGGGGGUCAGACCAACCUUCGCAUACCUCAAGGCACCGUGGGCCAAGUAAUGCUGGACGAUAGGGCUUACCUGGUACGCUGGGAAUACUCCUAUAGCAGCUGGACCCUCUUUACCUGUGAGAUUGAAAUGCUGCUUCAUGUUGUUUCCACUGCAGAUGUGAUUCAGCACUGCCAGCGGGUCAAACCCAUCAUUGAUCUGGUCCAUAAGGUCAUCAGUACAGAUCUGUCGAUAGCAGACUGUCUCCUGCCCAUCACCUCCCGCAUCUACAUGCUACUGCAGCGGUUAACGACAGUGAUCUCCCCCCCUGUGGAUGUCAUUGCUUCUUGUGUCAAUUGUUUGACUGUUUUGGCUGCCCGGAACCCCGCAAAGGUCUGGACUGAUCUUCGUCACACAGGCUUUUUACCAUUCAUGGCCCAUCAGGUCUCCAACAUGAGUCAGAUGAUUAGUGCGGAGGGGAUGAGUGCUGGAGGGUACGGAAACCUCUUGAUGAAUAGUGAACAGCCCCAGGGCGAGUAUGGGGUCACUAUUGCCUUUCUCCGGUUGAUCACCACUCUUGUCAAGGGGCAGCUUGGUAGUACCCAGAGCCAAGGACUGGUGCCCUGCAUCAUGUUUGUGCUGAAGGAGAUGCUUCCCAGCUACCACAAGUGGCGCUACAACUCCCACGGUGUGAGAGAGCAGAUUGGUUGCUUGAUCCUGGAGCUGAUUCAUGCGAUACUGAACCUGUGCCAUGAGACAGACCACAGCAGCCACACCCCCAGCCUGCAGUCCCUCUGCAUCUGUAGCCUGGCCUAUACAGAAGCAGGACAGACAGUUGUCAAUAUCAUGGGCAUCGGCGUGGACACCAUCGACAUGGUGAUGGCUGCUCAGCCCCGCAGUGAUGGGGCAGAGGGCCAGGGGCAGGGCCAGCUGCUGAUCAAGACAGUGAAACUGGCAUUCUCCGUCACCAACAAUGUUAUUCGGCUGAAACCUCCUUCUAAUGUGGUGUCCCCUCUGGAACAGGCUCUCACACAACAUGGUGCCCAUGGGAACAAUCUCAUUGCUGUUCUUGCCAAAUACAUCUACCACAAACAUGACCCAGCUUUGCCACGUCUGGCCAUCCAGCUGCUGAAACGUCUGGCCACGGUGGCCCCGAUGUCAGUGUAUGCCUGCUUGGGCAAUGAUGCGGCUGCCAUUCGCGACGCUUUCCUGGCACGAUUGCAGAGCAAGAUUGAGGACAUGCGCAUCAAAGUCAUGAUCCUGGAAUUCCUCACAGUUGCAGUAGAGACUCAGCCAGGCCUCAUUGAACUGUUUCUGAAUCUGGAGGUGAAGGAUGGCAGUGAUGGCUCCAAGGAGUUCAGCCUUGGGAUGUGGAGCUGUCUCCAUGCGGUCCUGGAGCUGAUUGACUCCCAGCACCAGGAUCGCUACUGGUGCCCGCCCCUGCUGCACCGUGCAGCCAUCGCCUUUCUGCAUGCCCUGUGGCAGGACCGGCGGGACAGUGCCAUGCUGGUUCUCAGGACCAAACCCAAGUUUUGGGAGAAUUUAACAAGUCCACUGUUUGGAACCCUUUCUCCUCCCUCAGAAACAUCUGAGCCCAGCAUCCUGGAAACCUGUGCCCUAAUCAUGAAGAUAAUAUGCUUGGAGAUAUACUAUGUAGUUAAGGGCUCACUAGACCAGUCACUAAAAGACACACUCAGGAAGUUUUCCAGUGAGAAACGCUUCGCCUACUGGUCAGGGUAUGUCAAGUCCUUGGCGGUUCACACAGCCGACACGGAGGGCAGCAGCUGCACCUCCUUGGUCGAGUAUCAGAUGCUGGUCUCCGCCUGGAGGAUGCUUCUCAUCAUUGCCACCAGUCACGCAGAGAUACUGCACCUGACCGACUCUGCAGUGCGUCGCCAGCUCUUUCUUGAUGUGCUUGAUGGGACCAAAGCGUUACUCCUGGUCCCAGCCUCAGUGAACUGCCUCCGCCUCGGCUCCAUGAUGUGCACUCUGCUGCUUAUCCUCCUGCGGCAGUGGAAGAGAGAGUUAGGUCCUGGGGAUGAGAUUCUUGCACCCUUGACAGAGAUCCUGGAGGGAGUGCUGCAGGCAGACCGGCAGCUCAUGGAGAAGACCAAGGCCAAGGUGUUCUCAGCAUUCAUCACUGUGCUGCAGAUGAAGGAGAUGAGAGUGAGUGACAUCCCCCAGUACUCUCAGCUAGUGCUUAACGUCUGUGAAACCCUCCAAGAAGAGGUGAUUGCGCUCUUUGACCAGACCCGCCACAGUCUGGCAUCCGGCAGCGCCAUGGAGGACAAGGACAGCAUGGAGACUGAUGACUGCUCUCGGCCCCGGCACAAGGACCAGCGUGAUGGGGUGUGUGUCCUGGGCCUGCACCUGGCCAAGGAGCUGUGUGAGGUGGAUGAGGAUGGUGACUCAUGGCUGCAGGUGACCCGCAGGCUCCCCAUCCUACCAACUCUCUUUACCACCCUGGAGGUGAGCCUUCGCAUGAAGCAGAACCUGCAUUUCACCGAGGCAGCGUUGCACCUGCUCCUCACCCUGGCUCGCACCCAGCAGGGAGCCGCAGCAGUGGCUGGAGCUGGCAUCACCCAGAGCAUCUGUUUGCCCCUCCUGAGUGUGUACCAGCUCAGCACCAAUGGGACAGUGCAGACACCCAGCACCUCUCGGAAAUCCCUCGAUGCCCCCUCUUGGCCAGGGGUCUAUCGCCUGUCCAUGUCUUUGAUGGAACGGCUCCUCAAAACCCUGCGCUACAACUUCUUGACCGAGGCUCUGGACUUCGUGGGUGUUCACCAGGAGCGGACCUUACAAUGCCUCAACGCGGUGAGGACGGUGCAGAGUCUGGCGUGCUUGGAGGAGGCAGACCACACGGUGGGCUUCAUCCUGCAGCUCUCCAGCUUCAUGAAGGAGUGGCAUUUCCACCUGCCUCAGCUCCUGCGAGAUGUGCAGGUCAACCUGUGCUACCUGUGCCAGGCCUGCACCUCCCUCCUGCACAGCCGGAAGAUGCUGCAGCACUACCUGCAGAACAAAAAUGGGGAUGGUGUCCCCUCAGCUGUUGCUCCCCGAGUUCAGCGGCCACCCACAGCUGCCCCUGCUGCCCCCUCCUCCUCCAAGCAGCCCACUGCUGACACAGAGGCUUCGGAGCAGCGAGCCUUACACGUGGUCCAGUAUGGCCUCCUCAAGAUCCUCAGCAGGACCUUGGCGGCCCUGCGCCACUUCACCCCGGACGUCUGCCAGAUCCUGUUGGAUCAGUCCCUGGACCUUGCUGAAUACAACUUCCUGUUUGCCCUGAGCUUCACCACUCCCACCUUUGACUCUGAAGUGGCCCCCUCUUUUGGAACCCUUCUGGCCACAGUGAAUGUGGCCCUAAACAUGCUCGGAGAGCUGGAUAAGAAAAAGGAGCCCCUCACUCAGGCUGUGGGGCUCAGCACACAGGCAGAAGGGACCAGAACACUGAAGUCCCUCCUGAUGUUUACCAUGGAGAACUGCUUCUACCUGCUCAUCUCCCAGGCGAUGCGUUACCUUAGGGACCCAGCUGUGCACUCCCGGGACAAACAGCGGAUGAAACAGGAGCUCAGCUCAGAGUUGAGCACCCUGCUCUCCAGCCUCUCGCGCUACUUCCGCAGGGGAGCCCCCAGCUCCCCUGCUGCUGGCAUCCUCCUCUCGCCCCAGGGCAAGUCCACCGCUCUCUCCAAGGCCAGCCCGGAGAGUCAGGAGCCUCUGAUCCAGCUCGUGCAGGCCUUUGUCCGGCACGUGCAAAGAUAGGGGAGCGGCAUGCCGCCCGCCUGCCAUCUCCGCCAACCUGCACAGCAGCCUGACGGUGCCGUCUGGGACUGAGCUGCUCCUGUCACCCUCUCCCCAGAGUAACCACAACUCCAGCCACCCGCGCACUGGCAUUAUUUUUAUAACCCAUGGAGCGGUCAGCAGCAGGGGUAGGGAGCCAGUCGCUGUGCUCACCCCUCACCUUCCAGGUGCCCCAGAGGUGUACUCCUUUCCUUCGAGCAUUCCCCAAGCACUUGACCCCAGCCCAGGGGAGAGACAGGAGCCAGUGUCAUGUGUAGCCAGGAAAGGCUGGCUGCACGGGUUUUAAAUGUUUUCCAUGCUCUGUUGUUGCAGUUUUUGGUAAUACUGUGGUCUAUUUAUACAAAUAUUAAAAUACUGUUUAUAGA